UCUCGUUCUGCUUAUCAACUCCUUACCUUACCUUUGAGCCACAAAAUUUCCUCUCUCACGAGGGAGCCGAGCCUUCUCUUUCAAACUACUUAAUAAACUCAUCUUCUCUCUCUCUCUCCAAAUUUCAUCACAUUUCCUCUCUCUCAUUUUCUUCCUCACAUACCUCUUCAAUCUCUAUCAACUUAUAAAAUCCAAACCUUCUUCAACUAUUUUAUUAUUUUUGGAGCAGCCCUCCGCAUGGAGGCAAUCCGGCGGCCGCUGGCCAGAUCGUCGCUGGUGGCGCUCUUCUUCGUCGUCCUCACUGUCGGCGCGUUCGUUUGCACGCGCUUCCUCGACUCCUCUGCCGCCGCCGCCGCCUUAAUGGAUACAAAUUCCCCUCAAAGCCCAGUGCUUAAACCCGAAGCAGUCGUCGGUUCGACUCGGAAUCUCCAGACUGCUCUGAAGGCCAUACACAUCCCAUUAAACUGUACGUUGGCCCAACUUUCUACAACGUGCCCUGCCAAUUACUAUCCGUCUCAUGUUUCAGCCAAAGCAAAACUCCAUCCGUCUUCGCCACCUCCCUCUUGCCCGGAUUACUUCCGUUGGAUUCAUGAUGACCUUUGGCCGUGGAGGGAGACCGGUAUUACUAGAGAGAUGGUGAUGAGCGCCAGACGGACAGCAAAUUUCCGACUGGUGGUGGUAGACGGGAAAGCUUACGUGGAAAGAUACAGUAAAUCGUUUCAGAGCAGAGAUACCUUCACACUAUGGGGGAUCUUACAGUUGCUGAGGCGGUAUCCGGGCAAACUCCCCGACUUGGACCUCAUGUUCGAUUGCGUUGAUUGGCCAGUCAUCAAGAAGGACGCGUUCAUCGCUCCCAAAUACCCCGCGCCUCCUCCCCUGUUUCGAUAUUGUGGGAAUGACUCCACAAUGGAUAUCGUGUUUCCCGACUGGUCUUUCUGGGGCUGGCCAGAGAUCAAUAUAAAGCCGUGGGAGGCGCUGUCUAAGGAGUUGAAAGAGGGGAAUACGCGGACUCAAUGGAGAGACAGGGAGCCGUACGCUUACUGGAAGGGUAAUCCGGUUGUAGCUGCCACGAGGAUGGAUUUACUCAAGUGUAAUGUUUCGGAUAAACAGGACUGGAACGCUCGUGUCUACGCUCAGGAUUGGGGGCUGGAACAGAGGCAGGGUUACAAGCAAUCGGAUUUAGCAAGCCAAUGCAUUCACAGAUUCAAGAUCUAUAUUGAAGGAUCGGCGUGGUCUGUGAGCGAGAAGUACAUUCUGGCAUGUGAUUCUGUCACGCUGCUCGUGAAGCCUAUUUACUAUGACUUCUUCACGAGAAGCCUGAUGCCGUUGAAGCAUUACUGGCCGAUUAAGGACGAAGACAAGUGCAGAUCCAUUAAGCACGCGGUGGAGUGGGGAAACAGCCAUCAAGAAGAGGCUCAGGCCAUAGGCAAGGCCGCGAGCAGUUUCAUCCAAGACGAGCUGAAGAUGGAUUAUGUUUACGACUACAUGUUCCAUUUGUUGAGCGAGUAUGCUAAGCUCUUGAAAUACAAGCCCACCGUGCCUAAGAAAGCGUUUGAACUUUGCUCGGAGCUGAUGGCGUGUCGUGCUAAUGGAAUUGAGAAGAAAUUCAUGGUGGAUUCACUCGUAGGUCCUGCCUCGACCGAGCCAUGCACGAUGCCUCCUCCAUACAAUCCGGCUUCUCUUCAUUCUGUGAUUGAGAGGAAAGAUGAUGGAAUGAAGCAAGUAGACACUUGGGAAAGAGAAUACUGGAAAAAUCAUAAUAAGCAAAUGUAGCUCAACUUGGAUUCCAUCCAACUCCCUCUUCAACCUGUCUUCAAAAUCAUAGACAGCGUAGCGACACUCGUCAGCAGCAGGGACCGGGAGAGAUGAUGUGAACUUGUCAUAACUAUUGUCGUCAGGGCUACCAGGCUUGUCCGACACCGCCUCUUUUGAUCUUCGAUCUUGAAGUUGAUGUAACGGACGGUAGUUUCAUUUCGAUUUCAGUUCCUGAAACCUGCACUUACACUCGUCAUUCACAACCAUCCCGGAUGGCGGAUGCGGUGUUUGUUCAAUGGCAAUGAGGGGAUCGUUUUCCGAGAUUAUAACGAUCCAAAAAUUAUCCAAGAUUAGUUUUGUCACUGCAGAAGUCCAAUACUCAUAAUAUUCGAUGUCUAACUAAUUUUAAGGACUGUAUUAUAGACCAAAUCUUAGCCAUCCAUUUUUCUAAUAUAGUGAAAAGCAAAUGAUUUACUUCA